AUGAGCAAAAACGUCAACGACAUUUGUGUAAUCGGCAUCGGUCGUUUUGGUCUGACCGUCGUCAAGCAACUAAUUGAACUGCGCAAAUACGUUUUAGCGAUUGACCGCAACAAAGAAAAUCUCAAGGAGGUUUCCCGCAACACCAACACGGUUGUGGUUGACGGAACCGACAUUGAGGGUUUGCGAGCGGUCGGAAUUAACUUGUUUGAAACAGUCAUCGUGGCCACCAGCGAUAACAUCGAAAUCGUCGCUUCGCUAAUCGAACUGGGCGCAAAAAACAUCAUCGCCAAAGCCAAAAGCGCCACCCACGAAAGAGUCCUCAAACACAUCGGCGUGGACAUCAUUAUUCGUCCUGAAUACGAAGCUGGCAUCCGCGCCGCGCUAAUUGCCACCAGCACCAACUUCAUUAAGUACUCUAAGUCACUCCAAGAGAUCGGCGAUGGCUAUGCGAUUGGUUCGACCGCCCUGCGGAACCGCGACUGGAUUAACCGACCGCUCAAAAAUCUCAAGUUUAACAAGCUCGGCGUCUCGGUCGUAUCGAUCAAACGCGGGCCAAAAGUCCACUUGCCAUCGGGCAACGUUACGCUCGGAGCCGAUGACUUAAUCACCGUUGUGGGUAAAAUCUCCAACAUCGUUAACGCCUUUGGCGAACUUAACGCUGAGCACGACGCCAGUCCGACCGCCGCUCUACCAAGCAGCCGCAUUCCCGACGUUAAAAUUAAAGUUUAA